AAAGAAAAUAAUCUAAUAACCGUUCGUCCCAAGCAGAAAACUGAAAAACCAUUCUAAUCUUGGCCAACGAAAAUAUCUUCUUGUUUAUAUAUAUAAAAAAAAAGAACAGGAAAAAUAAGGCCGAAAUAAGAGGUUCAGUUUCAGGACUUUCAUGGCCUUUUCUGUUAUUAUUAUUCUAAAAAACGACUCUUAAAUUAAGACUAAAUAGACAGAGUUGAUGACUAAUGAGUCAUUGAUCAGAUGAUUAAAAAUCAUAAUUUUUCUUUUUAGUAAGACGGAAGCUUUAUAUACAGCUGGAAAGUAAAUCAUAUGAGCUGAAGCGAAGAAAAAAGCUUCAAAAGAUGAUUCUCAUUGUUCCAUUCAUACAGAUUUCAAAUGGGUGUUUCUCUUUCAUCUGAAACCUCAACUCAGUAAGGUAAGAUUACUGUGAAAUUCUCAUUUCUAUUCUCAUAUUACUGAAAAAUCUUUGCAAUGUUUCUUCUGAGGUUGAAGGAGUAGUAAUUUUGACUAAUGGGGUUAUAAAAUUGGUACACUUGAAUACUCAUUUAGGGUUUUUGAAAUCUGGGUCUCAAUAAUUUUGAUUCCUCAGAACUGGGUUUUUGACGAUUUUGGGUUAUUAAGAACUGGCUCUUUAAAAAUGGUGGAAUUGAAACUACUACAGUGGGUUCUUGUGGUUCUUGCUGUGAUUGAUAGUGGGUCUUAUGCUGCAUACACUCCUGUUGAUAACUACUUAAUUGCUUGUGGUUCUUCACAUGAUGUCCAAUUUCAAGGUCGAACAUUUGUUCCCGACUCAAAACAAUCUUCAUUUGAGUUAAAAUCUCAGAAAGAUUCAGUCACCGUUAACUCCAGUUCUGGUGCUCCGUCUCCAAUCUUCCAGUCGCUGCGGGUUUUCUCUGCUGUAGCUUCCUACAAAUUCAAAAUCAAGCAAAAGGGUCGGCAUUGGAUUCGUCUCCAUUUCUACCCACUUCCUGAUUCUAGUAACAAUUUAAGAUCUGCACCUAUCACAGUUGUCACUGAAAAGUUCGUGCUCUUGAACAGCUUUACCUUCACGAAUUACAAUGGUUCUUAUCUAAGUAAAGAGUAUUCUGUCAACGUUACCUCUGAUACAUUGACUCUUACUGUUAUUCCAUCAAAUCACUCGGUAACCUUUAUCAAUGGGAUUGAGGUUGUAUCUGUUCCAGAUGAGUUGUUUCCAGACCAGGCCUUGUCGUUAGCUCCUUCUGCACCUGUAAAUGGUCUCUCUGAUAAUGCUGCUGAAACAGUUUACAGGUUAAAUAUGGGAGGUCCUUUGAUUACUUCUCAAAAUGAUACUCUUGGGAGGACUUGGGAGAAUGAUUCCAAGUAUCUUCAUGUUAAUAGUUCAGCUCUGAAUAUAUCAGUUGACCCUUCUAUCAUUAAAUACCGAGCUUCUGUUACACCUGAUAUUGCACCUAAUUCGGUUUACGCCACAGCUGACAGACUGGGAAAUGCAAAUGUUUCCGAUUUGAAUUUCAACAUGACUUGGGAAUUUCCUGUAGAUCCAAGCUUCUCGUACUUGGUUAGGUUUCAUUUCUGUGAUAUUGUGAGCACUGGUCUUAAUAAACUUGUUUUCAAUGUUUACAUUAACACUAACGCGGCUAUUUCAAGUCUUGAUUUAUCAUCUGUUACUAGUACCCUGGCUUCACCAUACUACAAAGAUUUUGUCUCCAAUUCCUCAGAUGGUUCAAAUAUUUUGUCUGUAAGCGUGGGACCCGAUCUAGUGGCAGAUAUAGACGAUGCAAUUUUGAAUGGAUUGGAGAUUAUGAAGAUCAGCAAUGAUGCUGGAAGCUUAAAUGGGCCAGUUUCUGUUAAGGGACUUAUUCCGAAAUCGUCCUCGGAAAAAACCAAGACUCUCAUCAUAAUUGGUUGCAUUGUCGGAGCUUUAGCAGCAGUUUUAUUGAUAGCUUCGUGCUAUUGCUUAUUUAUGGCUCGCAGGUCCAAGGAUACCAACCAGGGGCAUUUGUGGCUGCCAUUGCCAUUAUACGGAAUCUCGCAAACCUUGACUGGGGUCUCGAUGACUUCUCAGAAGAGUGGAACAGCAAGCUGUAUUUCUUUGGCCUCUUCAAACUUAGGUCGCAUUUUCACAUUUCAAGAAAUCAUGGAUGCAACUAACAAGUUUGAUGAAAAUUCACUUCUCGGAGUUGGUGGGUUUGGCAAGGUGUAUAAGGGAACGCUUGAAGAUGGUACAGUGGUGGCUGUCAAGAGAGGGAACCCUAGGUCUGAACAAGGUCUGACUGAGUUUCGAACUGAGAUUGCAAUGUUGUCUAAGCUGCGACAUCGCCACUUGGUAUCUUUGAUUGGCUUCUGUGAUGAGCGAUCAGAGAUGAUCUUGGUCUAUGAGUACAUGGCCAAAGGUCCCCUCAGGAGCCACCUCUAUGGGACAGACCUUCCGUCUCUUUCGUGGAAGCAAAGGCUUGAGGUUUGCAUUGGAGCUGCAAGAGGGCUACAUUAUCUCCACACUGGGGCGGCUCAGAGCAUAAUUCAUCGAGAUGUAAAAACCACAAACAUUCUAUUAGAUGAGAACCUUGUAGCCAAGGUUGCUGAUUUUGGCCUCUCCAAAACAGGUCCUGCUCUAGAUCAAACCCAUGUGAGCACUGCUGUUAAGGGCAGUUUCGGUUACCUUGAUCCCGAGUAUUUUAGAAGGCAGCAACUGACCGAAAAGUCUGAUGUUUACUCAUUUGGUGUGGUUUUAAUUGAAGUCCUCUGCACAAGACCUGCACUCAACCCUGUACUUCCAAGGGAGCAAGUCAACAUAGCCGAAUGGGCAAUGAGUUGGCAGAAGAAAGGAAUGUUGGAUCAGAUCAUGGACCAAGCUUUGGUGGGAAAGGUGAAUUCAGCAUCUCUUAAGAAGUUUGGCGAGACGGCUGAGAAAUGCUUGGCAGAAUACGGUGUUGACAGGCCAAGUAUGGGUGACGUAUUAUGGAAUCUCGAAUAUGCACUCCAACUCGAGGAGACCACCGCGGCGCUGGCCGAGCCAGAAGAUAACAGCACAAACCACAUCCAAGGUAUUCAACUGACACCAUUCGAGAAUAACGUUAGUAUGAUAGACGGCGUGACUUCAGGCACUGAUGACGAUGCUGAAGAUGUUGCCACCAGUGCUGUCUUCUCCCAGAUAGUGAAUCCUCGUGGAAGAUAAGACGAAACUAUUGAUUUUCUAAUUGGCAAUGUUACCUAGAUGCCUCUUAGAAACAAGGAAGGUCUUGUCUGCAUUGUUGAUAGUAGAUGAUUGAGAGUCUUCCAGCAACAACUCGAAGAAGGUCCAUACCAAAUUCUCUACAUUUAUCUCAAUUUUUUGCUUCUACCCAUGAUAUGUUUAUGGUUGUAAUAUAUUGCUUGCGGCAGAUAAUUCUAUGAUUCGUGCCAAAAUUACCCACUAAAUUUUCAGUGUUCUCCUAUUUUGUUUGAUCUAAACUGGUCGUUAGUUUCCAAUAUGAUUGCCAUUAAUAUUUAAUUAGCUAUGUAUUCUUCUCCCUUGUAAUAUGAUACGAGAAAAUAAAACACAGCUUACAAUUCGUGUUUGGUCA